GUAACAGUUUUGUUGAUAACUCUGUUCUCUUAACUACACUUUGCAGCUUGGCCGAUGAAUGCUUCUGGAACUGGCGCAGUAUCUACCGAGUUUGCUUAUGGAGCUGGACAUGUCGACCCAAUAGCAGCUUUAAAUCCAGGACUCGUCUAUGAAUUAGGCAAAUCAGACCACAUCGUCUUUCUCUGUGGCAUGAAUUACAAUGCGACUACCUUAAAACUCAUCGCCGGUGAAGCUGUCACUUGCACUGGAAAGACCUUACCAAGAAACCUAAACUAUCCUUCAAUGUCAGCUAAAUUGUCGAAAUCUAAAAGCUCUUUCACCGUCGCUUUCACUAGAACCGUAACCAACAUAGGUACCUCCAACUCAACAUACAAAUCAAAAGUUGUCAUAAAUCACGGAUCUAAGCUCAACGUCAAGGUCUCGCCUAGUGUUCUAUCCAUGAAGUCAGUCAACGAGAAGCAGUCUUUCACGGUGACUGUUUCAGGCAGCGAUCUCAACCCAAAUCUGCCUUCAUCUGCAAAUCUAAUCUGGUCUGAUGGAACACAUAACGUGAGAAGUCCCAUUGUUGUUUAUACUGAUGGUCUUUUAAAAUAAAAUUUCGCGUUAUUGUAUUUCAUGACGUCUUGUCAUUGAAUUAAAAUAUAUGUUAUUGGUUUAU